GCAAGUUACGGAGCCCUUUCCUUCAAGAGAGAAACCGGGUGGAGAGUCCUGCCUCCCCUCUCCCACCUGCUACACAAGAUGUUCCUCCUGUUGUUCGUUCGUCUGCUCACGACACACCUCCAGUUUUUCCUGUUCCCGAACUUGGUAAUUCUGCCAGGGAGGAGAACCACAAGGCAGGAGCUGCAACCUUCCAACCAGAAGCAGAACAGGAGGUGGUGUAUGAGGAACCCCCAAACCAGCAUGUUACCUAUGAUGA